CCGCCUCCAGUGGCCGCUGUGACACCUCAGGCACUGUUUUCUGGUUGUCGCUGAUGUGACUGUCUGCCCUGCAGACAACACGUCUCUUUGAUCGGUUGACAUCACGGCCGUGCGACUGCCAAGAUGGCGGCGCUGUGCGAGGAGCUCACGUUGUGCGGACUGACGGUGUCCGGUGUUAGUAGCCUGCAGGGGGUUGAGGCGGCCGGAGACGAUGACAGAGUGCUGGUGACAGAGGCCGGGAGGACGGUGACAUUGUACAAGGUGUCGGAUCAGAGGCCACUUGGAAGUUGGUCAGUAAAACAAGGGCAGCGGGUGACGUGUCCGGCGGUCUAUAAUUCCACCACCGAGGAGUGUGUGGUGGUCCACGAUGACAAGGUGCUCCGGAUUUGGAAGAAGGAAGAUGUCAGAUUGGAUAAGGUCUUCAAAACAACGCUCUCGGCAGAGGUUUGCCGAAUCCACAGCCUUCCAGGCGCCGAGCCGCUUGUACUGUUCCGCCGUGGAGCCGUCCGCUACUUAGACACGCUGCUCCCGGAUCCUCGCCAAGAAAUAGAGAAUGUCUUAACACAAGAGGAGGCCAUCAUUUGGUCGCAGAUGUUUGUGGAGGAUGGGCAACCCCUAGUAAUGUUUAUUACAGAAAAGGUUCCAGAUUUGUAUGUAAACGUUUGGAAGGCGCGUUUCCGUGUUCCUCUGAGAUAUAAGCUGCAGGCGAUCCAAGAAGAAUCCCAUGUACUGAACUUCACUGCAAAUGUGAAGAAAAAUGCCGCGUCCCUAUUGAUCUUAUACUCUACAGGAAAGGUGCGCCAGUCUCUGGUUCCCUUGGUUGAGUCCAGCGACAGGUCGGAGAUUGUGUUGUCCUUGUCUUCUCUCCUCCAACUAUCGGAACCUGUGGAUAGCGGAGCUAUGACGCUUCUCGAUGACUCUCACUUGGCCACUCUGACACCCUCGGCAACAAAGCAGAAAGAUCUCCUCUGUAUAUGGAACGUAUCAUUCCAGACCAUGCAGGAGUGCAAGGAGUUCUCACAGAGGACGACCCAUCAGCUCUGGAAUUACCACAAUACGCUCUACGUGCCGCGUGGGAGCAAACUGCGGGUUCUACGUUACAUCUGCGAGCCGUCAUCCCUGGCCUCCGCUCUGGGGAAAGCCGCUGACAGCCAUAGAUCAGCCCUGAACAGUGUGCCGAUAGUAAGUUGGGGGACAGUAACUGAGAGCAAAACGACGCCAGGCAAACGCUCCAAGAAAGCUGACUCUGCUCCUUCCCAUCUGACCGAUGAUGUUUCUGUGCAGUCUCGGCGAGGUGAGGACAGCGGUGACGGUGGAUGUGCGUUUGAAGUCUCUCUCUCAGACCUUCAGAGUGCCUCUGAGAUGGAGAUCUCUGCUCUUGUGCGGAAGGCCAUGUCCAGCCUGACUCUUCCGGAGUUCCAGAUCACCGCUGGGAAGAUGGGGCAAGCACUGGUGGACCGGUGCAGGCGUGACCCCAAGUUUAACCCCCAAAGUGCUCUGAUUACUCUCAUUGAAACCAGAAAGUUGUCUUACAGCCUGUGUCCGGAUCUGAUGCCUUUUGGUCUGGAGAGGUCAGAUGUUCGACUCCUUCAAUGUUGUCUCCGCCGGUUUAUUGACGUCCCGGAGGCAGUGAUGUGCUCCUGUCUAAAGAUGUUCCUCAGUACCGGUGACGAUAUCCUGUGUGACGCCAUCUUGAAAACGGCCUCCGCGGAGUCUUAUAUCGAGGUGGAGGAGGAGGCCUCUGAUAUAGCGGACAACCCAAAGGAACCGCCAGCUGGGUCCGUCAUCCAGAACGGGUUCAGUCCCGGGGGUGCGGAGGACGACAGCUGUGACAUCCAGACGCCUAAUAGAGCUGCGCAGAAAGCAGAGAAGAAGACGGCCUGUCCCGUCAGCCUGAAACGGGCCGUCUUGUUAAACACGAUUGUGACUGCGGCAUACAGCGAGAGUUGCCUCCUGCCUCACCUGAAGGAUCUGACGUCUGAUCAAGUCUUGCUGUUCCUGAGCUAUCUGCUCUUCCUGUAUAAGAUCUGCAACCAGCAGCUGACGCUGAGUCUCCCCGGGAAGGAGAAGCUGUCGGUCACACAGGUGAUAGACUGGAUGAAUCUUCUUCUUGAUGCCAACUUCACCGUCCUGGUGGUGCUGCCCAAAGCCAAGCCGCUGAUUCGUUACCUCCAGAAAUGUGUCCAUUAUCAGAUGAAGUUGUACUCGGAGCUGAACAAGAUUGAAGGAAGUUUGUGUGAACUGAAGAGGUUACAGCGGCCUUGUGAGGACAAUGGAAGAUAUUCUAUUGAAGUUCUGGAACUUUAUUGAUUUGAUGGACAUUGGUGCAGUAUGUGCACAGGGCGGGGG